CAGUCUUUCCUCCCUCUCAAAAAGUAGUGAAGUUUACAUCAACUCUUUGCUUUCACAGCCUAAAAUCCAUUUCGAAAGCUGCCUUUAUUUAUAGCCCCACGUUUUCACUCUCUUUGCCCAUUCUGAUCUCACAUUUUCACCAUUCUCACUUGUUGAAAUCAAUGGAAGCUUUUAACCUACUCAAAUUCUGGCGAAAUACCAGCACCGAUACUGCUGCUGAUGAUCGGGACAUUGUCUCUGAACUCGAUGAUUUGGACUACGUACGCAACCCGGCGAUUGAAACUGAUGAAGAAACCGAUGACGAUGAGGACUCCUUCUUCGAGUUGGUGUUUACUGGACCAGAUAGACGCCCCAAAGUAGACAACAACAACCCAAAGUGCAUUUCUGUUAACAGUCCCCGCAACCCUGAAUCCCCCAGAGACGUUUUCUUUAAACAAAAACCCUUUGCAAUCGACUCCAACUCAAAGCCUCAAUCUCCGAUUUGGAUCCUCAAAUCAGCCCCCAAGUUUCGGGUCUUCUUAUUGGGCUUCAGGAAGUCUAAGCCGGAGAAAGUGGGCAUUGACGAUUCAGCUACGGCAAGCCCAAAGAUUCAGAGCAAACGCUUUACGGCGAAAUGCAAAGCGGAAGAGGUUCCGGUUCCAAUGAGCCCUGUUUUUACAAGAGACAACAGUUUAAGGAGCAAACUGCAGAAAGAGAAAGAAGAAGAUUUGUCAGUUGACGAAUCGUUGAAGAAGUUUAUAAGAGCUGAUGUGCCCAAGUAUUUGAAAUUGAUGAAGCCUUUGUACGCCAGAGCUUCAAAAAGGUACACCGAAAAAAUUGGAGUAUCGCCAUUGUCUUCUCCGUCGACGCAAUCAAUGUGCUCCUCACCCAGAAAAGCAUCAGAGGAGGGAAAACAGGGGAACCGAGUUGCUGCAUUUGGAGCUGUUCGUAAGCACCUAGGUAAAAGCCGGUCUGCGGCGUCUACAUUUGCCGGAGCUUCACCGUCGCCGAUGAACCGGAGAGACGAUUCACUUCUGCAGGAGCAAAAUGAUGGAAUCCAAGGCGCUAUUCUUCAUUGCAAGAGAUCUUACAGCUCAGUUGCAAAAGACUGUUCGAUGUUAUUACCAAGAUCUGGAAGUGAAGAUCUGCCAAGAGCCUCUUGGGAGGAACUGAACAGAUGGAGUAUCUGAAUAGUAGUAAUAUUUUGAAAGUGUAAAGAUAGCGGGAAUAGGAAACUAAAGGCUUUGUUCUAUUCCCUUUGCUCUGCUAUCAUUAACUAUUUUUGUUUGCAUCAGUAGUAUUCAGUACAAGUAGUGUUGAAAAUAGAGGAAAUAGGAGAGUAGUAGUAGGAUAUUAGAGGAGCAGUGGCUCUGAGACGUCACAUGAGAACGUCCGUCCAAGUAAUGAAUAGUGUUUUGGUUUAUAUAAAGUGACUGUAAAAGUAUCUCAAAUGGAAAUCAGGAGAUAUGAUUUUGUAAAGAUCCACAUCUUUUAAGUGUGCCUCUUCUUUCUGAGGCUUUCU